AUGAGAGCAUUAUCAUCGGAUCGAGAAGAGUUUUGUGCUCAAUGCAUGCGAGUUUUUGAGAGUAAAUAUGAAUUAGAAAAAAAGGAAUCCUGGUUGAAAAAGAUAGUUGAGGAGCUACGCAAAUUUCAAGAGGAUAUCGACGACGAAGAUGCUGUUUUAAAAUGGUAUACUAAGAACUCUUUUGUUUAUCGUAUAUUGAAUGAAAGUUUACGAACAGAUGAUGUUGGAAUGCUAUUUCACAGUCGAUAUGUUAUUCGCGAAUUGAAUGAACAACUGAUUAAACGACAAUGCAAUGAUCCUGUUCUUGUUUAUCGAGGACAGCGAAUGUCACACGUCGAAGCCGAAUUGCUUGGCAAAUCAAUAGGUCAACGUGUUUCGAUGAAGUCAUUCUUAUCGACGAGUCGCGAUCGGAGAAUCGCCGAAAUCUUUGCUGAUGCCGGAGCUCAGAGCGACGCAAAAGAAGUUGCCUUCGUUAUCUUUAUCAUCAAUGCGAAUCCAGAUGAGAACAAUACAAGAUUACGACCGUUCGCGGAUAUUACUAAGACUAGUGUUUUUGAAGAAGCAGAAAAUGAGAUUUUAUUCAUGUUGGGUACAGUCUUUCGUAUUACAAACGUCGCGCAAGACAUGAAUAGAAGAUGGAUUGUAUCAAUGACAGCAUGUAAUCAAGAAGAUAUGGAAUUAAAUCAACUCUUCUCAUGGUUCAAAGAUGGACAUUCCAUCAGCGGAACAGAUGAUGAGACAUUUCACAGCGUGGGGAUGUUACUCUUAGGGAUGGGAAUGCCAUACGAAACAGAUAGACUUUAUCGUCACAUGCUAAGUGAAUAUAAAUUGUUUCCACCUGAUGACGUUGAACUUGCACGAUGUUACCAUAUGUUAGGUAAAGCUGCUUUGGUUGCAGGACUAGCAGAAAGUGCCAAUUCUUGGUGGGAGCAACCACCUAAUUGUCAACAAGUAAACGAUGACGAGCGUUGCAAAAACGAACAAAUAAUUGAUGCUCAACAUGAAAAUACAAAAAAACAACAUCAGGGUACUUUGAAUACAAUUGAAGAUGAUGGCAAUUCGGAAAUAGAUGGAACAGAAAACGAUGGUACCGGAGAUAAAUCAGACCGUAAAAAUAAUCACAACAAUAUACCAGAUAAAAAGAAAUCGUUUGAUCGAAAUAAUGAUGAUGAUUAUGAAGAUCGAGCAAAUAGACGAGAUCAUAUGCCUGAUAGAAAAAAUAAUCGUAACAACAGACCAGAUAAAACGAAGCCAUAUAAUCGAAAUAAUUAUGAAGAUUUUGAUGAUUCAGGCGAAUUAUUACCAUCAAAAGAUCGUAAGAGAAAACAUUGGAAGAAGGAUAAACAUAUGCAAAAACAUAAACAUUGGAAGAAAAAGAAACAUGGUAAACAUCAUCAUGGUCAUGAACAUCAUCGAAAACAUCACCAUCAUCAUCAUCAUCGCCAUCAUCAUGAAGAUAAAAAUCAUCGACAUAGAAAACCGAACCAUCGAAAACCUGAUUACAACGAAGAAGAUGAAUUUAUUGAUAAGAAUAAAAGUAAUAAAGAUCAAUACAAUGACUUACCAGCAAGUCGACGAAAUCCAACGAAUACCGAUGAUUACAAUUCUGAUCGAAAUAUAAAUAAUCGAAAUAAUGACGAUAAUAUUGGCGAAUAA